CGCUCUGAGUGAGAAGGGUGGCAUAUAAAUGUCAUAAAAUAAAUAAGGGGAAGUUAAGUUUGAGAUGACCUCAGAUGGCUUCAGCACCUUGGAAAGCUCCCUCACAGCCUAAGCCUGGUGGGGCUUUGGCCAGGUGGCUCAAUGGGUUAAGCUUUUGUGCCGGCAGGACUGCUGACUGACAGGAUGGUGGUUCAAAUUUGGGGAGAGGGUGAGCUCCUGUCUCAGCUCUAGCUUCCCAUGCGGGGACAUGAGAGAAGCCUCCCACAAGGGUGGUAAAACAUCAAAACAUCUGGGCAUCCCCUGGGCAACAUCCUUGCAGACACCCAAUUCUCUCACACUACAAUUCUCUCAGACUUACAGUUUCUCAAGUUGCCUUCCCCAGAAAGGAGAGGCUAUAAAGUGCUCGCUCUGUGUGUUUGCCCCCCACCCCGCCGGCCCUCUCUGCAGGGCCUGAGAGGAAGAGUUCUCCUGGUUCACGAUGGUGCGGCCAAUGUCUUGGAUCCUUCCAGCGCAAGGCCUUCUCCUCCUGCUCUGCCUUGUGCUGCGGUCGGACUCUUGGAGCCCCAAUACCUCUGCGGAGCCCUUCACCAACAUCACCCCUCUUCUCUCCAGCAGCUCUGGGAACGGCUCAGACCCUGUGGUGCCUCUGACCUGCCAGUACUUCCAGUGUUUUGGGGAGAGAUGCUACCAAGAGGCAGCAGCAGAGGUCCAUAGAAAUGGCUCUUGGGAGUCCUGCCACAAUGCCUCCCACUGUGAGUUGCUCCGUGUGAACAGUACCAGUUACGCAGCCGGGUGCAGCAGUGAGUGUGGGAACGGCAGCGCCACCCCAAUGUGUGGAGCCAACAGCAGCGUGAGCAUGGAGCCCUGCACCAUGGAGUGCUGCAGCACUCCAAACUGCCUGCACCUCAAUGCUACGGCAUACGGUACUAUAGUUGCCAAGUGGGCACAGCCCUCCUCCCCUUCUGGGUGUUGUUUUGGUGGGGGAAAGGCCUCUCCCAUUCCAUGCACUGUGGCCCCUUGCACCAGUCCCCUGAUGAUCCAAGGGCACCCACAGCACUCCAAGGCUUCUCUCUCUUCACUUCUAGGUGACCCACCACCCAUCACCACCACCCCGGUUCUCACAACCACCACCACUACCACCACCACCACCACUACCACCACCACUACCUCUACCACCACCACCACAUCAGCCCCCCAAAAUGGCAAAGUGUGUGGCCACUUCACCUGCCACGGAGAAGGCUGCUACCGAAAUCAGAGAUCCUCAAUGAACUGUCAUGUCGGCUAUGACCUCUGUGAGAUGAAGAAAUCCGGGGCCACCUUUGUGGCCGGCUGCAGCAGAGUUUGCCAGGGGAUGGGCACACCCUGCACUGCAGGGUCCAAGGGCCCUUGCUACCAGGAGUGCUGCCCGGCCAAACCCAGGGUCAGCUGCCUGCGGCUGGACGGCAAGGUUCACCUCAAUGGGGCCGGACAACUGGGCAUAGGAGUCCUACCCCCACUCCUGGCCCUCCUCAGCCUGAUCUUUGCCCUCUCUCCCUCUCUCCCUGCAAACAACUGAGGCAGCGCUGGCCAAGGAAGGCUCUUGCCCCUAACUAUCCCCUCUCUAUGGGAAAAUGUCCACAAAGCAGUCCCACCCACCCCGCCCGCCUGCCCUCAAUGAGUGUUGGGCCAGGCCUCCAGUUGCUCCAGUAUAACUCCUUGAAAUGUUUUGGGACAGGUUGGAUUUUAAGUUGUUACUUAAUGUACAGAGCAAUAGAUAUAUACGAUGAAUUAAAAUGCUAAAAUAUUAGUCACUUAUUAA